AUGGAUUUCUUGGAUAAGUUUGUGGUGGUCUUCAUCGAUGACAUUCUUAUAUACUCAAAAGGUGAAGAAGAACACAAGGAACAUCUCAGAGCAGUCUUACAGAGACUCCGUGACCAUCGGCUCUAUGCAAAGUUCAGCAAGUGUGAGUUUUGGCUCAAGCAAGUCGGAUUUUUGGGACAUGUUCUGUCCGCGGAAGGCAUAGCCGUGGAUCCCAGCGAAGUGAAAGAUGUGUUUGAUUGGGCAGCACCCACGACUGUAUCCGAAAUCCGAAGUUUUCUUGGAUUAGCCGGGUAUUACCGCCGCUUCAUCGAAGGUUUUUCUAAGAUUGCCAAGCCUAUGACAGAGCUCCUCAAGAAAGAUAAGAAGUUUGAAUGGACUGAGGAUUGUGAGAAGAGCUUUAACGAGCUAAAGACCAGAUAA